CUUCGUUACUAGUCCGUGGGUAUUCUAUCAUCCAUGAUGUAAUUUUUGACAUAAUUCUAAGUUUUAACCUAUAAAAAUAUUUGUUUUUCUAAAAUCAUCAAAUCAAAACAAACCUACGAAUUUAAAUACUAAUUUCGAUUAUUGCAAAGUUUCAUUUGUAAAACAUGAGAAAUAGCUUAUACUUUUUCCACAAAUUAUGUGUAAAUAUCACCCCAGGAAGAUGGCCAUCAUUACUAUUACAAAACAGACUCUAUGCAAAGUAUUUUCCAGAUUUUUUUCAAAACCCAAUAUUUAGGAAAGAAGAUCAAGCCAAGCUUAUUGAAAAUAAUGAAUUGAGUAAAUAUACAACUGUACCAGUCUUACCUCCCUCUGCAUCAGAAACUUCUAUGCAUUUUGAUCCUCUUGUCAACAAGGUAAUCAAUCAUAUUAUGAAAGAUGGAAACAAAAAAUUAGCUCGAAGUCUAUUGGAAAAAGCUUUUGAAAAUGUAAAAAGAAAACAAAUUGAACGUUACCAUUUGGCGAAGACACCAGAGCAAAAAGCUAAAAUAGAACUGGACCCAAAGAAUAUUUUACAUAAGGCUGUUGAAAAUUCAAAACCAAUGCUUCAGCUUUUGCCAAUCAAAAGAGGUGGCAUUACAUAUCAGGUUCCAGGCCCCAUAACUGAGCAUAGAUCUCUCUUUUUGGCGAUUAAAUGGCUGUUAGAAGCAACAACCGAGAAAGAGCGAACAGUACAUUUCCCAGAGCAGUUUGCAUGGGAAAUUAUGGAUGCGGCAAAUAACACUGGAAAGGUUGUCAAAAGAAAACAGGACUUACACAGACUUUGUGAAGCUAAUCGAGCUUAUGCACAUUAUAGAUGGCAGUAGGUCGUGUUAAUGUAUUUUAAUAAUAUGUAGAAUAAAUGUAUUUAUACUAGAAAA